AUCAUGGGAAUGUAUCGUGGUCUGCGCACAGCCAAGAAAAUUCUUAACCACUGCCGUGAGCAGAAAUGGCUCAAACACGGCACGGCCCUGCAGGCUAAUCCCUUCAGAGGAGCCUCCCACACCAAGGGCGUCAUCGUUGACGAAGUUGGUGUUGAGGCUAAGCAGGCCAACUCUGCCAUUAGGAAGUGUUUGAGAGUGCAGCUCAUUAAAGGGAUAAUCACUGCCUUCAUCCCCAACAAUGGUUGCCUCAACUUCAUUGAGGAGAACGAUGAGGUUCUGGUUGCAGGAUUUGGGUGUAAAGGUCACGCAGUUGGUGACAUACCUGGAGUUCAUUUUAAGGUGGUCAGAGUGGCCAAUGUGUCCCUGCUGGUUGAUGCAGAAAACAGAAUAAACAAGAUUUCAAAUACAAAAAAUUGA